UCGGGGACUGGGUCAAGAUCACGGAGCUGGUUGUAAAUGGCGGCGAAGUCUGGGCAAGAGAGGUGAUGGAGUGAUGGGAGGAGCUGGAUAUGGGUUAUGACGGCGUAGACUUUCUCGGGGGGCUUGUGGUCGAGUCGUCGAGAGAGGGCAUCAGCAACGCGGUUGCUUUUGUCGGGGGUGUGGCAAAUGGUGAAUGUGAACUAGGCAAGGAAGUCGAGCCAUCGAGCUUGGCGUGGGAUGAUGUCUUUCUUGGUGAGGAUGGAAGAAACGAUGGUGUUGUCAGUACAGAUGGUGAAGUAUUGCCCGUCGAGGUACGGGCGCCAGACUGUGAGGGGGUGAAUCACGGCGAGGAGUUCCUUCUCGUUGGAGGGGUGAUUCAUCUCCGCGGGAAGGAGCUUCUUGCAUGUGAAGGCGAUGGGGUAUUCGUCGGGUGGGGCCGCGGGGUGAGUGGACAAGUCCUUGAUGGAGGGGGUCUCGGCGGUGCCGCGGGGGAAAUGUUGGGACAGUACAGCUCCAAUGGCGAAGUCGGAGGCAUCACUGGUGACAUAGAAAUGGCGAGUGGGGUCGACGCUCUUGAGGACAGGGGCCAUGGUGAUGGUUUGGUUGAGGAAGUCGAAAGCAUGUUGGAGGCGAUCGUUCCAAUUGAAGGCCUCGUCCUUGCGUGUGAGUUCGUGGAGAGGCGAAGACAAUGUGGCCAAGGUAUUCGACGCUCGAAGCGGCAAACGUACAUUUGUUGCGCUUGGCGUAGAAUUUUGCUCUCGGAGGAUCGAGAGGACUUGGCGAAUGUGCUGAAGGUGGGACUCGAAGGUGGGGCUAAAGAUGAGGAUGUCAUCAAGGUACAGGACGACACAGACUUCGAGGAGGUCACGGAAGAUGUGGUUCAUGGUGGACUGGAAUGUGGCGGGGGCAUUGGUGAGUCCGAAAGGCAUUACGAGGAACUCGUAGUGCCCGAACCGAGAGCGGAAUGCGGUCUUGUGGGUGUCCUCCUCGCGGAUACGGAUCUGGUGGAAGCCACUGCGGAGGUUGAUCUUGGUGAAAUAUUUGGCUCCACGGCGGCAAUCAAGAAGUUCAGAUAUCCGGGGGAGUGGGUACUUGUUCUUGAUCGUGAUCCGGUUCAAGGCACGAUAGUAUGUGCACAUGCGAAGUUCCAAGGUACCAUUCUUCUUGACGAAGAGACAACUGGUUCCGAAGGGGGAGGAGCUAGGUUUAAAGAAUCCUUUUUCAAGGAGUUCAUUGAGCUCGCGCUUCAUUUCUUUGGCCUCGGGGACGGAGAGUUGUUACGGAGGGCGGCAAGGAGGAGAAUGGUCGGGCUCGAGAUCAAUGGUGUGGGAUACAUCUCGAUCGGGAGAGGAAGAAGGCGGUCGAGAGGCACGAUCCUAGCGUUCCAUCCGCAUAAGGUGGGCCACCUGGAGGUCCUCAAUGGUGAAUUGGGAGGGGUCGAGACAGGCAGUGUCGAAGUCGUCAUUGGAGGUGGGUGGAGUGGUGUCGUCAGGGGUGAUGUUAUGGAAGACGCGGGGGCGGGAGGGAGCGGGCGCGGACCGGUGAUGGGGGUGGAGUCGAUCGCGGUGAAGCAUGCGAGAGAGGCGGUCGGCAAGGGGCAUGUCGGGUUCGUGGGCGAGGGCGGUUGCAAGAUCUUUGUGGCAUACUCGCUUGAUGCGGGAGAUGAACACAAAGUCGGGAAUGAUGGUGGUGGGGAGGUGAUGGCGGAGGGAGCGAAUGUAUUGGAGGAAGCGGUCGGUGGGACCGGUCUGGCGGAGGUGACAAAAUUGUUCGAGGUAGUCGUCGAUGGUUUUCUGGGGGUGGAAGGUGGCAGUGAGAAGGUUGGCCCAUUGGAGGAAGGAGUGACACGGUCCUCCAGAGGCGCGGCGGUUGCUUACUUCGGCCAUCCACCAUUUGGCGGCAUUGCCGAGGAGGUGGGAGGUGGCAAUGGGAAGCCAGUGGACAAGGGGCAUGUGGUGGAGCUUGAAAGAGUUCUCGAGCUGGGUAAGGAAGAGGAAAACGUGCUCGUGGGGAAGGCCAGAGAAGGGCAUGAUGUCGGCGGAUCGGAAGGGACGGGGGAUUUCCCCUUCGCGGGAAACGAUCCGGGCGAGGGUGUUGAAGUUGAGGUUAUCGGGGGUAGUGCCGUAGCAGGUGUAAUCAAAUUGGCUGUUGUCGUCAAGGAGGUAGUUGGGGGGAAGUUGUGGCAUUGCGGGGUAAACCUCGGAGGUUACUUGGGAACAGCCAGUGAUGCUGAGAAACCAUAUCUGCAAGCACUUUUAGACAAUGCAAUCAAAAGGGAAGAAGAGUCGGAGAGGGAGAGGAAGGAGGCGUUCUUGGAGGCUCAAGAGGCCAUCUUGCAAAUUGUUCCCUCACUGAGUAAAGAACAAUGUGGGGAGCAGCUACAGACCAUACUUACCGCUAUCAUCCAAGUCCGGAGUCUUGAGGAUCACACCAGCCAGAUCGCUGAAGUCUUCGAUAAAUUGAAGAAGCUCCAGGAAGAUCUGGCUGAUAUGACCAGCAAGUACCACGACUUGACGGUUGAGAUUGCUGAGCUGCGGCAGGCCCAAGUAACCAACCCUCUUCCCUUACCCCCUGAUUUCGGCGCUGCAAUUACAACUAAUCUUGCCCCUCUCACCGUAUCUUCUUCUACCUCCUCUUCGAGUGUGAUGGCAACCCCCUCGGGACCUGCGGCAAGUGCAAAUUCCGCUGCUGUUGUGAUCAGCAGUGAGGCAGGGAAUUCUGCAAUUGCUGCAGCCCCAAGAUCGGAAGUAGUUGUUGCUGGUCCCUAUGUGGACCGGAAGGCGGUCCAAAUGCCGUCUAAGUACGACGGCAAGGAAGACAUCGGCUCCAUGAGGGCCUACUUUUAGAUUCUGGGACUCAACCUGAGACCCAGGCGGUGAUCAUGGGAAUGAAUAUCGAGCCGGUCG